CUCUCACCUCUCAUUCAAACUUUUCUCUCUCUAGGGUUUCUGCAUGGGCGGACUUCGCCGCUCCCCAGUAAAAUGCUUGCUUUUUCUGCAUCCUCUAAUUGAUUAUUAGCUCGGGAGUUAGAGGUUAGGACUUCAAUUGCUUUUAUUGCUGUUUGGCGUCUUUCGAUUUCUUCCUGUCAUGUUUUUGCCAACUCUUGAUUAACAAUUAGCGCUAAAAAGGUGCCUUUCUAAAGGCAUGGAACAGUCUUCACGGCCCCCACAGCCCUUAAUGGGGAUUGUACCCGGCGCAGCUCAAAUGGCCUAUGCUGCUCCACCCUAUGCACCACCCAUGGCUACCGGUGCUCCACCCAUCAUUGGAGCCAUGCCUUCGACCCCGCCUCUCGUUGGCCACUCCCCAUUCCCCACCGCACAGCACCAGCUCUCCUAUCAGCAGGCCCAGCAAUUCCACCACCACCAGCAGCAACAACAGCAGCAACAACUGCUCGCCUUUUGGUCCAACCAGAUGCAUGAAAUCGAGCAAACAACUGACUUCAAAAACCACAGCCUCCCUCUUGCCCGCAUCAAGAAGAUCAUGAAGGCCGAUGAAGACGUGCGGAUGAUCUCCGCCGAGGCUCCCGUGAUUUUUGCCAAGGCUUGCGAAAUGUUCAUCUUGGAGCUCACUUUGAGAUCCUGGAUCCACACAGAGGAGAACAAGCGGCGGACGCUCCAGAAGAAUGAUAUCGCCGCAGCCAUAACCCGCACCGACAUAUUUGAUUUUCUCGUAGAUAUUGUCCCCAGAGACGAGUUGAAGGAGGAUGGUCUUGGGAUUCCGACGGCGGCUCUCCCGAGAAUGGGGUCUCCGGCGGAUCUGGUCCCCUAUUAUUAUGUGCCUGUUGAUCAAACGGCAUCUCCUGGAGCGGCGGUGAUGUAUGCUUCGGCUCCGCAGGGUCAUCCAAUGGGUUAUGUUUGGCCGCAGCAGGCUAUUGUGCAGCCAACUCUGCUGCAAUCAGAGCAGAACCAGAUGCCUGAUGGUGGUUGAGAUGUUGAGUGUUGGAAGAGUUGGGAGUUUGUUUCAAAAAGUCUGAUGGGUUUUUUGUGCAAUAUAUGUGGCUAGCUUGAGAAUUUAUAUACUGUUGUUGUGAGGAUUUCUUAGGAAUUUGGUGAAGGUGGUGGGAAAGAACUGGGAGGUAAAUGGGUUUCAGGUGCAGCAGAAUUUGUGGAUUUUAAUGGAAUCUGAAUGUGAGGGAGGAUAAUUCUUUCAGCUUUUCUCAUUUUCUGUUUGGGUUUUUAAUGUUGUCUAACACCUAAAUAUUCUGUAUGAAAAUAUAUACUUCACUUUUAAAAUGUUAAAAUAGUGGUAUUUUUAUGUAUUAUAAAAGAUUAGUGGGGUAUAACUAUUAAAAGGAAAGUUUAGGUGUUUGAUAUGUAAAUAUGGAAAAAUUGGGAGUUUAGUAUGUAAAUGCCUUGAACAUGAUGGGCUUCUUAUUUGUGGUUUGAAAA